AAACUCUCUCGUACCGAAUUUCGACGUCAGAAAGAGCUUGAAACAGCACGAAAAGCCGGUACAGCACCCGCCGCCACCGACACCGACGGAAACGCCAUCAACCCUCAUAUCCCCGAAUACAUCUCUCGUGCUCCUUGGUAUGCCGACCCAUCUUCGGGAGCCCCAUCACUCGCACAUCAACGUCUGGGAGAGGAUAAAGCUCCUCAUCUCAAGUUGGAAGAAUGGUAUGAUCGAGGGGCCAAAGCUGGUCCCGCCGCGAAGAAAUAUCGAAAGGGUGCAUGUGAAAAUUGUGGAGCCAUGACACAUAGUAAAAAAGAUUGUGUUGAACGUCCAAGAAAGAGAGGAGCUAAAUUUACCAAUAAAAAUAUAGUGGCGGAUGAAGUGAUACAAUCUUUUGAAGGUGAUUACGAUGCUAAGAGGGAUCGAUGGAAUGGUUACGAUCCUGCAACAUACAAAAUGACAGUGGUGGAUGAGUAUGAAGCUGCUGAAGCCGCUAGAACAAAGUAUAGAGAGGAACAAAUGGAUAAGGAAGAUGAAAAAGAUAAUGGAAAGAUUGUGAUUAAAGAUACUGCUGAGAAGGACAAGGUGGUGGAUGAUGAAUUUGGUUCAAGCGAUGGGGAAGAUGAGGUGGAGAUUGAUGCGGCUGAAGCGGCGGAUCAAGUGGGACAGAAGUUGGAUACGAACACCAGGUUGACCGUUAGGAAUCUGAGAAUAAGAGAGGAUACGGCAAAGUAUUUGAUCAAUUUAGAUCCUGGUUCAGCUUAUUAUGAUCCGAAAACUAGGGCGAUGAGGGAUGCACCGGAGAAGAAUGUUGCUUUGGAGGAUCAACGUUUUGCAGGUGAUAACUUUGAACGAUAUUCUGGAGACGCAACAAAUAUGCAAAAGCUUCAAUUAUUCGCUUGGCAAUCCGAAGCGCGGGGAAGUACAAUCCAUGCCCAGGGUAAUCCCACAGCGGGGGAGUUGUUGAUGAAAGAGUUCAACCAGAAAAAGGAGGUGCUGAAGAAUACGAGCAAGACUAGUAUUUUGGCGAAGUAUGGAGGGGAAGAACAUCUGGAGAGAUUACCAAAAGAAUUGCUUACUGGGGAAUCUGGGCAUUACGUCGAAUACUCUCGCUCUGGACAGAUCGUGAAAGGUCAUGAGAAAGCCAAGGUUCGGUCAAAGUAUGACGAAGAUGUGUACAUCAACAAUCAUACAUCUGUUUGGGGAUCAUGGUUCGAUCGAAGUACCGCCCAAUGGGGUUUUGCAUGUUGUCAUUCUAUCAUCUCCGGAUCAUACUGUACAGGUGCAGCUGGUAAAUCAGCUACUGAAUCUUCUUCCGCUGCUGCUCUUCUCUCCUCCGCAGCUGAAAAGGCUCGAAUAGAACAUCAAUCAGAUAAGAAACGUAAAGAUAGGGAUGAAUCCACUUCUACCAAUUACGCACAAACUAGGUUAAGGAUAGAAGAUGGGGAAGAAGUCGAGUUGGAUAAAGGGAGGUUGAAGAAAGCUAUAGAAGAGGAAAAGAGGAGGAAAGGGUUAGGAGAGGAAGAAGCUUGGAAAGAUAGUAAGAAGAAGACUACGGAGGUGUCGCAGGAAGAGCUGGAGGCGUAUCGUCUAUCUCGACAAGCGUACGACGAUCCUAUGGCGAAUUACAAAGAUACGGAGGGAUGA